CGGGAGCAAGGCCGAAGGUGUUGGGGGCGCGUUGGGUAGAGCCACCCUCCUCCCCUGCGGUUUAGGCAGCAUUACCAAAUGGGAGGAAGCGGCUCUGGGUGGGUGCGGUGACCUAUGUGAACCGAGCUACGGGGCCGGGACGCGCCUGAAAGACUUGGGAGUAUACCGGGAAAGGCCGGGGGCGCGCCUUCCUCUGAUCUCCUGGGCCUGGCACCGAGCGGAAAUUGGGAAGUGACGGGCACAAGCCGGAUCGUGGAGCGGGGAAGAUUUCGCCACUUCCCUACUUACUCUCCAGACGUCGGUCAGAGCAAGGGAAGAGGGAAAAGGUGGGGGCUGAUGCCCCAAGGCCACCCUCAUGUUCCCUCCCGAUGAAUGCUCCCGAGCGGAAGGUAACGGGGCCCUUGGACGUUUCUCGGGCUGGGAUAUUUUAGUAUUGUGUGGUAUGGGUCCACUCACGGGUACAGUUACUCGUGGGUGCAGAAGGGACCCCUUCCGAACCAUUUUGGCCUUUCAGUGUAUUUAGGUGGGUUAGGCGUGGCACUCUGCGCUUUUCAACUCUAAAACUUGGAUCAUUUUCUUUAGGCUCUAUUUUACCUUUAUAAACUGGAACCCCGACGACCUUUCGCAUUUGGAAGGACCUUGUUUUCUGAAGGUCGCCUUCUCCGUAGCUUUCACUUGCCAAGCCCGUGGCCCAGGGCAGUGUCAUUUCAUAAGCUUGAUGAUUUUGCAAAGGAGCAUACUCUGCGGCUGAGGGGGAUGUGGGGAGGGGCGUGUGAGAGGUCUUCGCUAAACAUUGGCUAAACAGAUUUACUUAGUAGCUUGUCUUUGCUUGAGUAGUCUGAUCCUCAGGGCAGAUCCCUAGUUUGCCUUUUCUUGGAGAAAUACAUAAUACCACCGUAAUUUAGGCCCGACUUCUUUAUUGGGAUCCCAUUGAGAUUUUUUCAUAAUCUGUGUUGUCUUCAAAAUUGUUUUUCUUUUAUGUUGGCAAGAUUUGGUGGGAUAGUACUUGUGUAUGUGGUUAUUCUCUGUUCCACUUGGGUUAACUUUGCCCUGCCAUUUUCAAGAAUGCAACCUUGGGAGUAUCUGAUGCCCUGGUCCUGGUGUUGGAUUCAUACCUGCUCGUAUCCUAUGUGAGAAGUUUUGAGGAUGGGAAAUAAAUGUGGGUUCAGGUGUUGAUUUGUUUCCACCAAGAUACUUGCUGUUCUGGAAAGGCACAUAUUUUGGGCCAUUCUUUGUCCCUUCUGCAGCUGGGGGAAGUGUAAAGGGUUGUAUUCUCCACUGCAAGGAGCAAUUCCUUGUUCUGCAUUGAUACUACCUACAUCCUAUUUUCCUCAACUCAGGUUAUGCAAGUCCCCAACUGUUCGAACAUUCCUGCUGGGUGCUCUGAGGCAGGCUGUGUGGUGCAUGGAUUUUUGCUUUUGUUUAGAGUAAAAGUGGAAAGGGCCUCGGAUAAUGCACCUGGCCAGGAAAUGGAUGGGGGUACAUGACUCAGAGUUCUGUGUUUAAUUGACUUAACCAUGUUUCUUUUGUAGCUCUUAGGCUGGCUAGUAGAUUGAAAAUCUAGAAGCUAGCAUCUGAGGUUCAGUCUCUGAAACUCCUUGGUCAAGAAGCUUACUUUGAGGGGGUUGAGAAAGCUGAAAAUUUGCCUGAAGUUGCUCAGGACCAACACCAAGGGACAGUGGGAGGCGGGGUGAAGUGUAUAACUACAUGUGGUUUUUAGAAUGCCUGGCUGGCUCUUCUUGAGGACAAAAUUUUGUGCAUUUUUUCCUUUUUGUAUACAACUGAUUAGCAGAAAUACACUGACUUCCCUAGAGAGUGAUGGUCAGCUGUUAUUUGUAGUUAUGCUGUUACGUAAAAGAGCUUCUGAUAUACUUUGAUGUAAGGGAUUGUGGGAAAGAUUUGAGCAUCAGGUCCUUCACUAAUGCCUUUCUAUCUCGGGUUGAAGGAAAGUGAGGUUCUUAAAGUUGGGAAUGUAGUAGAAGAGACUGGCUCUGGUUCUAUGAAUAACUUACUCAUUUCUUGGGCUGGGAAUGGGCAUUGGAUUGAGGCUGAGGCUCCAGCCUCCUGUUGACUGUCAGGUUUUUGAAAAGUACAGAAGCUUGGCACUGCACAGGACAACCAGUUCUGUUUUAUUUCUUGGGGAGAUAAAAUAGUUUGCCAUUGCAUUCUGUUCUGUUCUGUUUUUUUUUUUUUAACAUAGUUGCUUGGUUACCCCAGGCUUAGAUAUGAUUUGAUUUGUAGAGCAAAAGUCUCUAUAGCAACAGUGGAUUGUAACCACUGUCCACAGCUACAUUCUAUUGGGUGUUCAAAGAAGUACGAGAGUUGCUGACAGCCUUAGGAACCAUUUAGACUUAAGGGGAGGUCUGAAAGGCAAAAGAGGAAAAAAAAUUUACUUUGUUGUGGGUGGCCAUUCUUUCCUCCUACUAUACACAGCUCUGUAGUUUCAAGUUAGAGGUUUUUUACUUUUCUCUGGAUAGGAAAACCCAUUUUCUGGGUUCUCUUAACUUUGGUACUGAAGGAAUUGGGAGGCUACCAGACCAUUCAGAGAGUUCUAUAAAACAUUGCUUGCUGGUCCCUUUAACUACUGCGGAUUUCCUUCAGAGGUCACUGUUUCUUGAACUCUCUCUCCAGGGCAGGUGGGUUCCUGAAGAUUUCUAGAUCUCUGGUUUUUCUUUAUUGCUCUGAGAGUUAUGUUCCUGGGCAUCUUUUACAGGGCUAUAGGUCUGGGUUUGGCUGUUCACUGUGAUGUGGUUAGUUAGCCCUGAAUCGAUUGGGUCAGCUUCCCUCCUAUGUAAUUCACACUUGCCUCCAAUACCAGGUUUAGGAACUGCAUGAUAUAAAUAGGUCAUAAUUGUAUCUGAUGGCUGCUGCUGCUUUUUUAAAAAUCAGUUAUGUAGCUCAUCUGGGCCAUUAUUUGAAUUGUACACGUGAAAUCUCAAUUUAAAAAUUUCACACCUUUGUCUCAAUAAAACCCGGCUAAAUAUUAGGAUGAAGACAAUGGGACGUCCUGUUGCUCUUAUAAACCCAUUGAAGGUUUUUUAUUUUCCCUAACUAGGUGUUUUUCCCUAGCUUGCUUUAGUCAGGUUAGCCAGGAAUAUAAUGUGAACUAUUUCCCCCCUUCCUCUUAAUCUUCCUACAAGCUUGCUCUCUGUUUGCCAUUUCAUUGAAUUUCCAUGGGGUUUUGCCAUUCCCAGGGGGAUCAGCUCAGCCUCUGGUUUUAAAGAGAUCUCCCCCUCCCAGCAAUUUACCACUCCACUCAAAGGGGAGGUGAGAGAUCACAGGACAGUUACAGUGCCCUGUGGCCAGGCCAAACAAACACUUUUGCUUUUCAUAAUUGGUAGAUAAGUAAUCAGGUUCUGGCCAUGGGGUGUGAGGACUGAGAGUUGUAACAGUUCAUUUUGUUACUUUGUCAUCUCUGGCAGGCUCCAAAUUUGCAUGUACAAAUAGUGUUGUAUCUCUUGUGUUUUAUUAGAGAUGAAAGAUAAUAUUCUGUAGGGAAAUAAGCCUGUGGUUAUUCCUAGGAUUGAGCAGUAAUAAUUCCUUACCAUUAUAUAGUUAUUUUUACUUUAUAAGGUACUUUUAUUUUCUCAUUUGAAGUCAGUGAUAGCUGGAUCUAUAGUUCAGGUUUUUUAGCUCUUACCCAGCAUUCUUUGUGCUCUAUCUUAUUUCUGACUUCUGCCUGGUGAUUAUAUUUCAUUCUCAUUUAUAUGAGAGUUGGGUUGGUGGCAUUGCCUCACAUCCAGGAAAAUGACUUGCUCUAUAAGAGCAGCUAGAGAGGGCAUCUCAGUGUGAAAGUUUCCAGAAAUUAAAACACUUGUUUAGAGGCUAUUUAAAAGGAUUUAUCUUAAAGAAGGGAACCUUAGUAAUUUCAUCCAGAUAGUUCAUUUCCUAAACUGAGAAGUGAAAUGGGGUCCUUGUACUUAGACUGUAUCUUAAAGAAGCCACAGGUCCAGAUGGGGUUAAAUGCAUGGCCUUAUUUCCCACAAUCCUGAGCUUACUGUUUUUCAGAUCUUGCUUACACCAUUGUGGUUUACAUGUAAGUUUGGGCAUGAACAAGAAUUUCUUCUUCCCACCCCUCCCCCUCCUAAAAUUGUCUCAUUCUGUGUGGUAAAUGAGUAGGACUUAGAGGUCAACAUUCUAUUUAGAGCCUAUCCCACCACUGCUCAUUUAGGUCCUGAGUGAGGACCUCGGGUAAACUACUUAGCAGAGCUUUCUAGCUGCAGUAAUUGCAACUUCUCACCUUGAAGCUGAGAAACCAAAUCUGUCCUGAGAAAUGGCCUGUUCUGUGAAAGAAGUGCAAGCCGGUAAGGCAUACCUCUUUUGAAAGAGAACCAGUGGAGGAUGUAAUGUAGCCUGGGGGAGGGGAGGCUUGGGCCUGAACUCAAGUCAGGAGGCUCAGUUUCCAUUCCAGCAUCUCCCUUUCUAAGCUUAAAUUUCUAGUCAUAUGGCAGUCUUGCCUUCUACGUUGAAUUCUCAGGGAUAGACUGGUGUAGUGAUGAGGUGUGGAAGAGCUGGUAUUCUGUUCCUGGCUCUAACACAUCUUGAUUUGGGGCAAGCUGUAUAAAUUCUCUGAGUAUGUUUGCCUCUUGUAAAAUGAGGAUAAUGAUCCUCUGUUCUGCCUGUCUCAAAGGAUUGUUGUGAGGCUCCAAAGAGAUGCAGUGCGUGGAAGUGCUUUGGAAAAUUGGAAAAAAGUGGUAUGAUGAGAAAGGGAAGGUCAUAUUGGAGGAAUUUUGUGAACUUUGCCUUGCAGGCUAGUCCUUUUGCCUUAAUUGGAGCCUGGGCUGAGACAUGGGUCAUGCCAAGACAUGUCAUUUCCAGUGUUUUUAGAGUUAAGCCUCAAAGGUGAGCAGUAGUGUUUGGUGACCUUGGGUUAGAGAACACUGAAUAAUUGAUCCAGGAACCCUUUCUGCAUUUUGUCUGCUGGUUUAUGCUUACAGGAGCUGUGAAGAUUUCUGUUCUGUGUUGCAGUUCAUCUUAGCUCUUCCUUCUCUCACCAGGAAGUUGGGUGAGGUGACAGGGGGAAAGGGAAGAAUAGGGAGAAGGCCAUAGGCAAAGGUGACUGCUUGGGAUAGUCAGAAGCUUUGCUAAUAUGGGAGCCACAUUUUAUGACAUACUCCUGGAGAAGGAGGGUUUGGAGGCCUGGAGGAAGUUGACAACAGCUGGGUGCUGUUGUGUAUCCAAUUUGGGACCCAUUGGGUAGCAUGCCCUGCCCCCCUAAUUGCUAACCCUCUGUCUGCUGCUUUAUCAGACUACGCGUUUGUUCACAUGGAGAAGGAAGCAGAUGCCAAAGCCGCCAUCGCGCAGCUCAACGGCAAAGAAGUGAAGGGCAAGCGCAUCAACGUGGAACUCUCAACCAAGGGUCAGAAGAAGGGGCCUGGCCUGGCUAUCCAGUCUGGGGACAAGACCAAGAAACCAGGGGCUGGGGAUACGGCAUUCCCUGGAACUGGUGGCUUCUCUGCCACCUUCGACUACCAGCAGGCUUUUGGCAACAGCACUGGUGGCUUUGAUGGGCAAGCCCGUCAGCCCACACCACCUUUCUUUGGUCGCGACCGCAGCCCCCUGCGCCGUUCACCUCCCCGAGCCUCUUACGUGGCUCCUCUGACGGCCCAGCCAGCCACCUACCGGGCCCAGCCCUCAGUGUCUUUGGGAGCUGCCUACAGGGCACAGCCUUCUGCCUCUUUGGGUGUUGGCUAUCGGACUCAGCCCAUGACAGCCCAGGCGGCCUCUUACCGCGCUCAGCCCUCUGUCUCCCUUGGGGCCCCAUACAGGGGCCAGCUAGCUAGCCCUAGCUCCCAGUCUGCUGCAGCUUCCUCGCUUGGCCCAUAUGGUGGAGCCCAGCCUUCGGCCUCUGCCCUCUCCUAUGGAGGUCAGCCAGCUGCGGCUUCCUCGCUCAACUCCUAUGGGGCUCAAGGCUCCUCCCUUGCCUCCUACGGUAACCAGCCAUCUUCUUAUGGCGCACAGGCUGCCUCUUAUGGAGUUCGUGCGGCUGCCUCCUACAACACCCAGGGAGCAGCUUCCUCCCUAGGCUCCUAUGGGGCCCAGGCAGCCUCCUAUGGGGCCCAGUCUGCGGCCUCCUCACUAGCAUAUGGGGCCCAGGCAGCUUCUUACAAUGCCCAGCCCUCGGCUUCGUACAAUCCCCAGUCUGCCCCAUAUGCCGCACAGCAGGCUGCUUCCUACUCUUCCCAGCCUGCUACCUACGUGGCACAGCCAGCUACAGCUGCUGCCUAUGCCAACCAGCCAGCUGCCUAUGCUGCACAAGCUGCUACCCCAAUGGCUGGCUCCUAUGGUGCCCAGCCGGUUGUUCAGACCCAACUGAACAGUUAUGGGGCUCAAGCAUCAAUGGGCCUGUCAGGCUCCUAUGGGGCUCAGUCAGCUGCUGCAGCCACUGGCUCCUAUGGUGCUGCAGCUGCCUAUGGGGCCCAGCCUUCUGCCACCCUGGCAGCUCCUUACCGCACUCAGUCAGCCUCAUUGGCUGCUUCCUAUGCUGCCCAGCAGCAUCCCCAGGCUGCUGCCUCCUAUCGUGGCCAGCCGGGCAAUGCCUACGAUGGGGCAGGUCAGCCGUCUGCAGCCUACCUGUCCAUGUCCCAGGGGGCCGUUGCCAACGCCAACAGCACCCCGCCGCCCUAUGAGCGUACCCGCCUCUCCCCACCCCGGGCCAGCUACGACGAUCCCUACAAAAAGGCUGUCGCCAUGUCGAAAAGGUAUGGUUCCGACCGGCGUUUAGCCGAGCUCUCUGAUUACCGCCGUUUAUCAGAGUCGCAGCUUUCGUUCCGCCGCUCGCCGACAAAGUCCUCGCUGGAUUACCGUCGCCUGCCCGAUGCCCAUUCUGAUUACGCACGCUAUUCGGGCUCCUAUAAUGAUUACCUGCGGGCAGCUCAGAUGCACUCUGGCUACCAGCGCCGCAUGUAGGGCCAUCCUGGGAUGGGGCACCACAGGGAGGGGAGAGGAGAAGGUGGGGUAGGGUGCAGACCCUGGUUGUAACCACUGGCCCACACCUCUCCUGUUGGCGGUUUUUCAUUCCCUCUAACCAUGUGGGCCAUCCCCAGGAAAUGAUCCUUAUGAGUGUUCGGCAGUAACCUUUGUUCCUUCGCCUCAGCAGCAAAUCUUGCUACUGGCUCUAGAUCUGCGGUUUCCCCUCUCCCCUGCCUCCCAUCUCCCCAGGAUGGGAGUUUCUUUUAUGUUUUUUUUUUUCCUGGCUCCCUUUUAUUUUUGUGCGCGAUAUUUAAGGUCAUCUGGAUGGGGAAGCAACCUACAGCUGAGGUCGGCGGCGCCUUUUUCUUUUUAGAUGUGAGGGAGACCAGGAAAUGGUUAGCCUAACCAUUUCCUAUGCACCAAGCUGUGCCAGCAGCCCAGGGGACCCUGACUUUGUUCCUUUGUAGACUGUGUUGAUACUGAGUUCCUGUUGGGACAGUCGGUUGGUAUACGUCCAAAUCCCUACUGACCCCUGAUGUUCUAGCUAAUGCUGAGCAGCACAGUCCCAAUUCCCCAUCUCCCCAAGUAGGUGGUGUUAGAAAACCUUAAUUUUUUUUCCCUUUUGUAUGGACUACAAAUAAAACUUGGGGCAAUUUGCAGUUUGGAAACCUGGUUGUCAUUGUCUUGAUUGCAUUCAGUUUCAGAGGAGCCAGUUUGACAUCCAGGAAGACAUGACAGCUGAAGGGAAGGCAGCCAGGGAACCCACGGCAGAUGAGGAAAGGGGUUUGCAUGUGGGAAUUAGAAUGAUUUCCCUGCUGCCCAGAGGGAUUUAGCUCGUCAUUAUCCUGCUAGUCCGCCAUGUUUAGGCCUGGGAGAGUCCAGACCAAGUUGCUUGGAUUUCCUUGGCCCUCAAAUUGAAUUAAUCACAACAAAAUGCAGUGAAUUUAUUUCCCAUUUUCCUCUGCCUAUGCUUGACCAUUUUCCCUGACUUGUUUCCAGUUCAGAGACAACCUGUGCUCCAGCAGGAUGGUUCUGGGGUUUGGCUUCUCAAGUGAGAAGCAAGGAAUGGGCUGCUUUGGUGCUUAUGAGCUAGUGGAUCCUUCAGGCAGUGGGCUGGAGUGAGUGCUGGGGCUGGGACCCGGAAAAGAGCCAGUGGUGUGGGUGGUGAUGUGUGGUCUGCUACUGCCCUGUGGUUGGAGAAGGGCAGAAACGAUUGGAAGCAGGUCUGGGGGAUUCUGGCCAUAGACCUGAUAUUUCGCCUGUUGAACAUCAUGGAGUGUCCUUCUGUGUCCUGCCAACUUCUGCCAUCAUAGUCACCCGGGAAUCACUUUCCCUAUCUCUUCUUGUUAGGGUUGCCAGAUAUUUUUUCUUGCUGGGUUUGUAUUUGAAGGUGUAAAUACAGAUUCUGGGAAAGGGGUAAGGUGCAAGCAUAACUAAGUAGGGAUGUUGGAAUAAGGUUGAGGAAUCAAAGAUUGUUUUUAUGCUCCUAAUCUGGGACGGGGGGUUGAGAGGACCUGAGCAAAAAGUAUAUGACAGUUCCAGUCCAGGGCAAGAUGGAGGCUUAGGCUUGGGCUUGAUGAGUGAAUGGUAGAAGACUUGGGUGUCGUGAUAAGAAGAACUACUGAUGUUCCAUUGGGAAAGUGGGCUUUAGAGAUUGAAUUUGGGAGCCUGCUGGGGCAAGGCAAUUUUGGGGAGGGUGUGUGUCAAUCAGGUGGAGUUCAGGUGGGCAUUAUGCCUCCAGCUGGCUUCUUGUGAACUUGCCUGUUCAAAGUAGUUUACACCAGAUGUUCUCUUCCCUCUGCCCAGAGGGCAAAAGCAUAUGGUCUUCAUAACCAUGAGCUCUUACUUGUGGAUAUAAAUGUGUAUCUCUGGGUAUUGGGACCAUUGCUCUUUUCCUUGCUUUUCUUUCUGCUCACUGCUUUGCCUUCAGGUGCUUUGCUGCUGCUCUUUUUUUCGCAGGACUGGGAGGGGUUAGUUUGAUAGGUUCUUGUCAUUUCUCUGCAGUGAAUGUAGGAUGAUCUGAGGGCCAAGCUAAUAAGCUUAGCUCUGCUUAUUACUCCGGAAAAUGGUGGGUUGAUUGAUUGUAGGGUUGUGAUUGUGGCCUGUGUAUUUGUAAUACUUCUUUGUUAAUGUGGCUUUCUGUCUUCCUUUCUUUCCAGUGAGGGUUCUGCCGCUGUUCUAGUCCCUUUGUUCCCUGUGAAAAAUAGCUUACUGUGCUCUUGGGGCCGCACUGAUGUUCUUUACUGCAGCCUAGUUCUUCAGUGAGACCUGGCCUAGAUGAUCUCCCUAACUGCCCAUCAUCUCCAGGUCCUGAUGCCCUCUUGCUGCUUUAGCCCUCAGGCUUCUCGUUGUUUAAGCCAGAAAGGGCUACAAAGCUAAACCGUUUCAUCAUUUUCCUUUUGCUUGAAGAUUAUUUAAAAAUUCUCUCACCUCUUUUAUUUAAAUUAUGCUACCUGUGUUAAUCUUAUAGCCCACUACUCAUACUUUGCUUUUUGUGGAUUUCUGAUUUACAGGGUCCUGGAACUUGGAAACAUUUGGGUUGAAUGGAUGGGAGGACAGAUAUUUAAUGUGUGUUUUGGGAAAAUGGGUGGGGAAUGUGGGCUCCCAUUGUCUUUUAGAUCUUUGCACUUUUGCAUCUAUUACCUCUACAACUUGGCUUUCAUUGGAGAAGUUGUCCUGGUUUACUCUUCAAACAAGACCAUGUAGAGGCUUCUAUGCUAGCCUUGUCGCCUGCUCUCUCCUGAUGUUUGGACCUUACUUCGCAUUCUGUCUGGGGUAGGCCUGGGGACCCAGCCUUUGUACUGGAGGUAAUGGGACUGUCACUGAGUGAUUAGCCUCUGUGGGUAGGCUACCUUCUCGUCAUGCCGAAGUCCAUGCACAGACUGUUGGUCUCCAGUUAUUUUGUAGUGUCAAGUCAGUUGACCCAAAGCAACAUGAGGUGGCUGAAGUCAUAAUGAAACUACGUUUCUUAGAUUUACUAGUAUGCUAUAUAGUUGGAAUUUGGGUAAUAGAGAAGGUGAGAUGGGUAGCAGGUGGAGAAUUUAUGUUCACCCAAAUUCUAUGGGCACCUUUAAAAAGAUCAUGAAGGGUAGAAUAUAGAGUUGUCCAGAAAACUAAAAGUUCUUAAAGUGAUUUCAAGUCCAGUUCUAAAUUAUUUGAAAUAGUGUGUCUGUAAACACAGAUUCCACUGUAUCUGGAAAUACAGUGUUCAUGUAGCUAAGCCCUUGGGUUGACCUUAAAUUUAUAGCCUGGGAGGCAGGACCUUCCUCAACAAACCAAUUAAAGUUAAUAAGCAUUGCUAGGGAAGUGGCAGGUCAGGAAGGAGAGGAUGGAGCAGUGCCAGUAGUUAGAGCACACUUUCUGGAGUCAGGAUUUAUUUAAUUGUAAAACUGGGCAUAGAGAGAAUUUCUGACAGUGACUAAGGGUGUUGUCUCUAAAGUCAGGUUUCCUGAGUUUGAAUCUUGGUUCUACCACUUAGCUGUGUGAUUCUGUAUAUAUCAGGGACUCUGCCUCAGUUUUUCCUCUAUAAAACCAGGGGAUAAUAGCUAACAAAUAUUGAACAUGUAAGCACUGUUAAAAGUGCUUUUCAUAUAUUUAUUUCAUUUAGUCUUCAUCGAGACCCACAUGCAUUAGGUAUUUCUAAACCUAUUUUACAAAUGGGGAAGUUGAUGUUUUACGUUAAGUAACUUUUAUUAAGAGCACAUGGCUGGAAUGCAGCAGGUCAAGAAACUGAACCAGCCAUUUUGAACUGCCCAGGACUUUGCUUGUAAUCUUGGUAAUAUUGUUGGAAGGAUUGAAUGAGAACAUUGGCAAAUGUAGGGCUUCAUUUGUAGUCACUGCUCAUUAUAUGCUGGCCGUCUCGUAGAAGUGAGGACGUUCUGGGGCAGUUGAGAUGGCCUAGUGGAGCACACAGCUGAGCAAAGGACUUUGGAUGUAGGAGUGAGGGUCUCACUUAAAAGUAACAGUGAAGGUAGUGGAGGUUUAUAAUGAGGGGUACUUAGAAUUGACUUAAGGUGCUGGACCACACUGAUUCUGGUCACCUUCAGUCUUGGAACCCUAUCAUUGUCCUGGGUCAGAUUCUUCUAGGUAUAGAGAAGAAAGAUAAGGGGUAGGAGACCUGUGAAGAAGACAUUAAGGGAAGGCUAAGAGGGUAUAGCUGGCUGUGAAAUUGGAAGCCAGGAAGCUUGCUUGAUUGGCCUAGUGGCUCCCUCUGAACAUCCUUGGAGAAUCCUGGUUUUUAAUUUGAGCUGUUACUAGACCAGUAACUCAUUUGUGGACCAGGGGCCAGAGUUACUGGUUAGGUAUAUAAAUUAUAUAUAUUCAACCCCAAGGGUGUGAAAGUAAUAAAGAUUGCUGCUUAUCCACAUUUGAGGCUUCACUGUAAACAGUUUCUCCUCUAAAUUUGGAUUUGCCUCUCAUUUCCCUUUUGAGUCCAGGCUUUUACAUCUCUUCAAGAUCUGCAGCCAGAAUAUAUUUAUGCGUGUCUCUGACAGUACAUCAGCUUUCUAGAUGACUGUGGACAAGUUACUUUACUUUUAGGGGGUUGGUAAUCUGAUCAGCAAAUUAAGAGUCACCAGUAUGGCAUCUACAGUGUUCCAGACCAGGUGCUUUUAAAAUAUCUCAUUCAAUCCCAUUCUCUGUAGUUGAGGUGGUAAAGUAGAGGAUUUGGACCAGAUGUGCUUAAUUGGAAGACUUUUAAUGGCGUCUGAGGGGAGCAGACAUUAAGCUUUAGUACUCUGUAAAAUAGUUGGGUAAAUGAACAUCAGCAUUGGAAACAUUGAACUGCAAAUCUUCCUACUAAAGCUUCAUUAUGAAGCAUUUUUCAAGCUGGUAAUCCUGGCAGUCAAAAGCUGGAGCAUAGGUAACCCCUGGAUUUGGGGCACCUGCAUUUCUGGUUGAGGGAAACUGGAAAGUAUACCAGGUGCCAACAAGUACUAGGUGUUCAUGUUCUUAAGUUGAUACUGACGGAAAAUCCAAAGUCAUUUCAAAGUCUUUUCUUUUAGUUACCAAGAAGUUAAUUCAUGCAGUAAUUCACCCAUUUGUUAACUUACUCAAAUAUUUUAGUCCCUGCCAUGUGCCAUGUGCAGUUCUAACACUGAGGAUGUAGUAGGGAACAAUAAAAAGUCUCUGUCCUUGUAGGAGAAGUAUUUACUUGGGGCAGGGGUGGGAGGAAGGUAGAAAAUGAAUAAAUAGAAUUUCAAGUGGUAAGUAUUUGGAAAAAUAACAUGGAGCCAUAGGAUAGAGUUCCAAGUAGGGUUGGAGUUGGAGGACAUCUUCAGAUGGGGUGGCCCUCAAAAGACCUGGAGAGAGAACAUUCCAGUCUGAGCUUGGGACAAAAAGAUCCGUGUGCUGGAGCAUGGGUGGGGGGGUAGGAAGGUUUGUUAAAAAGAUUGUUUCUGGUAAGAAACAGAUUGGGUAGAGUGAAUUUGAUAUUUUCCCAUUUGCAAUUAGUUUUUAAAAGCAGGGAGAUGAUUAAAUGUGGUUUACUCAGUUGGAUGAGCUUACAAAAAUAAAACAACACCUCGAGUAGAGGGCUUUCAGAAGGUAAAUCAAAUAGAUUGUGUGUGUGUGCGUGCGCGCGCACUUCAACGUGUCUUGAAUUCUGAUCCUGAGAAGAUAGAAUAUUCCCAGUCUCUUCUCUUUGGACUUGGAGAGAUUCCUAGUUUGAUAGGGUGAGUUGAUUUUAUAUGCUGUGGUAUUUUUGGAAGAAAGUUUAUCUCAAGAGCUAUUGGGACGCAAAUUCGGAAGAUUAAACUGAAAGAAGCUGAGAAUUUCUAUGCCAGAUGAGUUUCCCUGUGCAGAUUGAGUUGGGACCACCUACCUCCUUAUGCUGGCCCUCUCAAAAGAGCACACAUACAGUUGACUAACAUGGAAUUGCUUUUCUUCAUCACUGAUUCUAUGGGUCUUUACUUGUAUCAGCAUCAGUUUCCACAAUGAAAAUGGACCAAGAUUAGCAACCACCACAUAUGUAAAUGUUGUAUUUUGACAUUUUUAGGUCCUUACCUUUUCCCACCCUAAGAAUAAGUCUUGACCAGUUUUCCAUCAUGAGAUUUUUGAGUCAUGUCAGGUUUUAAAAUCCAUUUCCAUAACUUUGACUUCACUUUCUUUAUGACCCCCACUCCUUUUUGGGGGCUGCUUUGGACUGUAGUAUGUUCUACUGUCAUCUGCACUCCUUUCCUUACAAUUCACUGCUUUUAUCAUAUUUUUAGUUCGAGUUUUAAGUUCUUCUAUCCAGCAUUGCCCAUCCCACCUUAACUCCGUUUUCAAAAGUUGCCUUGUAAAGGGUCAUUGCUUUCGCAAUGAAUGUGGGAUUCUGAAGAAGACAGGAUGCGAAAGAAAAUGUGAUGGGGGAGCCGGACCCUCUUCGAGAAUGCCAUUUUGAUUGAAUUUUUGUUGUAUAGCUGGUUGUGAUUAGGCUCUUCCCUCCAAGGUCGGUUCUGGGAAUUUAAACCUAAAGCUCUGGCUGAUGGCGCCCAAUAAAAUAAAACACAAAA